GUACUUCCGUUCGGUAUGGCUACAACUCACCGUUGCUUUUCACUUUUGAUCGUUAUCUGCUGCUACCACGUGAUUACGCUGAAUGGUUUACAGUUCGGACCUUUUACGAUUCCCACGCUUCGGAAUGGAGGAGCAUUCGGUUUUACCAACGACCUGCUGAACGCCUCAAUAAGUCCCUCCACAGGACGAGCCGGUUUUGGGGUACAAGCGCCCACAAUUGGAUCAUCGGUCAAUUCGUUCACAGCCUUGGCUAAUCGAUUCAGCACUUUAGUGCCCAGCCUCUCCGAAGUUAGCUCAUUUCCAAGUGGCGCUUUGGGAACCGUCGGUGCAUCAUCAGCGAGUUCUUUGGCCGAUGGAUUCCGGCGAACAACUUCCGAUUUGGUGCGAAAUUUCCUGCCCUCCAACGGAUCUAGCAGCGGCAAUCCGGCAGGAUCACUCUUGAACGUGGUGAAUCGUUUUCGAAAUUCCACAGGAAACAUGUUUAGAGAUUUUUCGGCCCUCAAUCCGACGGGUGCAUUCUUCAGCACAUUUCCAAGGAUAUCACUGCUCCCAUCACUUCCUGGGAGCGCGAAUACGAGGAACAUGACGCCACCGGUUGCCGAUACCGGGAUGGAAUCAUUUGCUCGACUUGCAAACGCGGCCGACUCGUUUCGCCAGGCGAUCAGCAACGCCACUGCCUCUCUAUCUACAGAGGGCUUAAAUGACCUGUUGAUGCUAAUUCCUGGUGCCCAGCAGGGCAUUGAACAGUUUUCUCAAGUGGUUGCAACUCUGACUAGUCCCGAGUUUUGGACAAAACUUGCCUCAAACGGCAUUAUCGACGACAUGUCCAGCGCCCAAGCAGCGCGACUUUCGGAUGGCAUCAACAAACUGUCCGCCGGGCUAUCCGACGUGGUUUCGAAUCUGCCCGACAUCCCCGAAAUGUCGAUCGAAGAUAGUGAUCACAAAAAUCCUCAUUUCUUUCCCGGCCGCAACGUCAUUGUCCACCUUUUCGAAUGGAAGUUCGAGGACAUCGCUGUGGAAUGUGAACAAGUACUCGGACCGGCUGGAUACGGUGGCGUGCAGGUAUCACCGGUGAAUGAGUACGUACGAGCGGCGAACCGUCCUUGGUGGGAACGUUAUCAACCCGUCUCGUACCAAAUCAGCUCCCGGUCCGGUAAUGAGCGCCAGUUUUCGGAUAUGGUCCGCCGUUGUCAAUUGGCAAAAGUGCGCGUCUUCGUUGAAAUCGUUGCGAAUCACAUGGCCGGUGCUGGUCCUACUAGUCCACUUUAUGGUACGGCUGGCUCUGCAAGUGAUCCUGUAGAACGUUUAUACCCCGCGGUGCCCUUCAAUAGGUCCCACUUCCACCAGGAUUGCGUGAUCGAAAGUAAUAUUAAUGCUUCCGAGGUACAUAAUUGCCGACUGGCGGGAUUGCCGGACCUCAACCAAACGGAUUCAUUCGUACGGGAGCAGAUUGUCGGCUUGAUGAACCGGCUAAUCGAACAUGGAGUAGCCGGUUUCAGCAUGGAUUCCGCCAUGUACAUCUCACCGGACGAUUUGGACAACAUCUAUGAAGGAUUAAAACCGCUGAACCCACUGUUUGAGUUUCCACCUUUCUCCGCUCCUUUCAUUUACCAAGAUGUCGAAGAUCUAUCGGAUGAGUCGAGAACUGCCUCUCAGUACACGGUUCUCGGUGUGGUCACGGAACCCAAGUACUCACUUUACCUAGGAUCCAUCUUCCAUAGUGCGAUGCCAGCUCCAUUUUUACAGGCUUUGACCGGAUCGAACACAACCCAGUAUGGUUUGAUAUCCAGCGAAUCGGCCCUGACAUUCGUCGAUAGCCAUCUCCAUCAGCGCACACGAGGUGCCAUUUCGGAAGAGAUCCUUACAUACAAAGAUACCCCGCAGUACGUGUACGCCACUGCAUUCACUCUAGCCAAUGACUAUGGCACCGUGCGAUUGAUGAGCUCAUACCGCUUUGAAGAUGAUAAUCAAGGACCUCCUGCGGAUGAGUUAGAGCAAAUCCUAUCCCCCGGCACCGCAGAGGAUGGCUAUUCCUGUUUGAACGGCUGGGUAUGUGAGCACCGAUGGCCAGUGUUUCGAAGGAUGGUUGCUUUCCGAAAUUUCGUCCAACCAGCAAUUCUGCACGAUAUUCAAGCGACCAACGAAACGUUUGCCUUCUGCCGUGGUAACAUAGGGUUUGCAGCUUUCAAUGUUGGAACAACUACACGAGAUGUGCUGGUCAGAAGUUGUCUGCCGGCUGGUGAGUAUUGUGAUUUGAUAACGGGCGAAAAGCAGGACACCUCGUGCACCGGCACACGAGUGCUCGUCAAUCAGGAUAGCACGGUCAGCUUCACCCUUCCGGCAGCCUCGAGUUUGGUGCUAGAUCUUCGGAACCGAGUAAUGUAACGGAUGAAAACGUACUUUCCAACACCAUUCGCGUUGCUAGCGAUUGCAAUAAAAUUAAUGUUUUAUUUCGAUCAAUGUCA